CAUGUCCCUUUUCCCCGCCUUAUAUAUUUACUCUCACUCACCCAAACCAAAUCAAAUCACCAACACAUGAUACCCAACGUUCAAAUACCGCUCUGGGACUCCGCCGCCGCAGACGGAGGACCACUAUCCCCGUUCUCGCCCAUUGCGCCCGACACCGCCACCUUCUCCGGCGAUCAUUUCCGCAUGUUCCACUUCAAGGUCCUCACCUGUCCACGUGGCAGGGCCCACGACUGGACCGAGUGUCCCUACGCCCACCCCGCCGAGAAGGCUCGCCGCCGGGACCCCCGCAAGUUCCUCUACUCCGCCACGGCAUGCCCUGAUUACCGGAAGGGGAACUGCAAGAGGGGUGACACGUGUCAGUUCGCGCACGGCGUCUUCGAGUGCUGGCUCCACCCUUCUCGCUACAGAACCCACCUCUGUAAAGACGGCACUAACUGCCGCCGCAGAGUUUGCUUCUUCGCUCACACCAACGACCAGCUCCGCCUCCUACCCGAAUCGUCCUCUCUUUCCUCUCCCACUUCCGUUAUGGGCUCUUCCUUCUUCGAUUCACCACCAUCUUCUCCUUACGUCCACAACAUACAAGACAUAGUUAGCUCAAUGCGGAAUGUUCAACUGGAGGAUGGGCUUUUUUCCGGUUUGACCCGCUGCGUGUUCGGGUCGCCAAGUGGCGGUAUUUUAAGUGGCAAUGGGUGUGACGAAGAAGAGCCUGUUAUGGAGAGAGUGGAAUCUGGGAGAGACAUUAGGGCGAGAAUCUACGCAAAGCUUAGCAGGGAGAAUUCCAUUGCAGGUUCCCAACCGGUGAAUGGAUUCCGGGGCCUUUGAUUUCUCUCUCUACUGUUAACCUCGUACCAUGCAAUGUCAAAUAAAAUAAAAUUUCAUGUACAUAGUUGUUGAGUUCUGAAGAGACUGUUGGGUGUCUCUGCUUUGUACUUCCCGAGAAUGGCUUCGCUACCAAUUGAUUGUAUAAUAUCAAUUGUUUAUUUUCGACCAUAGUUUUCAGUUACCACACCACCUAUGUUUCAGGAAUGUCAGAAAUCAGAAGAUUGAACAAUGGUGUCUGGUGUCUUUCUUUUUUUAUGUGCCAAGAGCAGUUAUGUAAUGUAAUUCAUAUGUUUGAUUCCCGGCUUCCAACAAAGCGAAAAUUUUCACCACAUGCAAUUGCUUCAUUGCCUCAUUUUCUAUAUUUAUGUAUGAUAACUAGUUCUGAAUCUUUGAUUCUUCAAGCACUCUCUUUCUCGUUCUGCUGUAUAGUUUUGCAAUGCUCUUCUCCAUUUUCUCUGAUUUGGAUCAUUCUGAUUGUGCUAGCAGACAAAGGGGAAAAGUAGAAACCAAAGUAAAAAGCAGACAUUGUUUAUCUUCUUCUAUAAAACAGCUAUUGUUUGAAA